UCCUAAAGGAAGUCUUCGUGGCAAAUAUUUAUUCGUUUUAAAAAGGAUAGUAAUCAUGAUAACUUUUACAUAUAACUCAUAAUAUAUCUACUUUACAUUAAACAGGACUAAGCUAACUUUUAGAUAUGCCAGUCCAGCCUGAAGGUUUCAGGGCAGGUCUUGUUUAUUUUAUUCUAUUGUUAGCUAUCCCACUACAGUAUUAUUUAUCCAGCAAUGCAUCUGUACCAUCUGGACAAAGAGAUGCAAUAUUCAAAAGGUUGGUGGGAUCAUUAAGUAAUUUCCAGUACAAAUAUUUAUCUGUUACAUCAUGGAAGCGCUGGUGCUCAAAUGUUUGGCAGACAGUGGAUGGUUGGAGAAAUGGCAGGGGCAUAUUUGUGUCUGAUGCUGAUGAGGAGAGAGGGGAAUCUCCAGCCUUGGACAUUCUUCGGAUUAGAAACCCCUAUGGGUACUUUGCUACCUCAACAAAUAUCAGAUCACCACGGCAGCUUCAGGUACAUUACCGCGUUGGUCAAGUUAUCAGGCACAAAAUUCAUGGGUACAAGGGCGUCAUUAUUGGAUGGGAUCUUGAAGCGCAGGCACCAGAGGAAUGGCUCAGACAAAAUCACCCAGUUAAUAAGCCACACUGGAGGAAGAUGCCACACUAUGCAAUACUUGUAGAUGUCAAAGAUAGACCUGAAAAACAAAUAACCUAUGUGCCUCAGGAAAAUAUUGAAGUCAUUACUCAUACUGAAAUAUCUCACCCUAGUCUUGACACAUACUUCGAUUCAUUUGACGGUGCCCAGUACCUGAUGCGACCAGCCUUGAAGUAUUUGUAUCCCAGGGACUGAAUCAUGUGAUUGGUUAUCUGCUCUUUGUGCAUGUCCAAUAAUUUUGUGUUUCAACUUAAUUAUUUACAUAAACAAGAUGUGAUACCAUAACUUUUUUUUGUUCACUUUUAAAACUGAUUUGUCUUCCUAACUUUCAACAUUCACUGUUGAUUGAAAACAUGGUCAAGUAUUAUCACAUAAUUAUGUUUAAUUUAUCAUGGUUCCUUCCUAUGCUCAUAUUGUUUUGUAAACACAAUUUUUUAUGGGAACAAUGAUUUACUCACUGUUGGUUUUCCCCAACACUAUUAGUUCAGAAAAAAUGUGUCACUAGCAAGAUAACAUUUUAACUCAAAAUUUUGUUCUAGAUUAUUCUGAUAUAGAAAAAAAAGUAGCUCUUGUUUUUAAUUUUCUUAUGAAUCUCUUUUGUUGUUUAGUUAAUAAUAUGUACUUUAUUUGACAUCAUUUUACUUACGAACUGUGACUUAUAACCAGCAGUAAACCAGUGUUUGACAGUAAUUGAAUGAUUUUAAUAUUGUUAAAACUUCUAGAGUAACAUCAAAUGUACAUUUUUAUUGGUUUAAUAUUUUUAGAACUUGUAUAAUUUUUUUGCCAUAUAAUGUCUCUUCUUUAAAAAAAUUACAUUAUGGGUGUAUUUCUAAUGCAGAUAUCUUUGUAGUUAUACAUACCAAUCCAAGUGCAAUAACUCUGUCUUCUAAGGUAAUGGUCUGGGAGGUCUGGAAGAUUUUACACAAUUUUUAUUUCAAUGAACAAAACAGUGAUUAUUUUUUUCUGUAUAUUCCUCAAUAUAACUCAUUUCCCCCAACCUCACUAUCCCUAUCAGAAAUCCAACUGCUGAUACUCCAUGCUUAGAUUGGACUAUACAUAACUUAUCUUGAGAAAAGACAUAUCUAAUCUGGCCACCUCUCACUAUUGUGUAUAUCCCUUAGGUCCAUCAUUUGAAAUGAGAUAGUUUACCUAGAUAAGUUGAAAAAUGGAGUAUAGACUUAAGGAUUUAGUACUGGUUGUUUAUUUUAUGACAUGCUGUAAAGUUGUGUUUGACUGAGAAUUCGAGAGCAGAUCUCUUGUGACAACCAAUCAUUCCUUGUGGCUAUAUUUAUCUGGUUUCUUUUCUGCUGUGUUUUUUAGAACUAUUUAUUGUUUUUAAAUGUUGAUAAAAAUUAUCAAGUGCACGCACUUGUUAAAUUUAACCAGUCCAAGCAUGAACAGGUGCCUAGUCAGCAUCUUGUCCGCAAGCCUUUUUUAAUUUAAAGAAAUAAAUAAAUAAUUGAAAUGUUUUUGACCUGUCCAUGCAGGAAAAGGUGCCUCGUCACCAUCUUGUCCGCAAGCCUUUUUUAGUUUAAAUAAAUAAAUAAUUGAAAUGUUUAAACUUUCAACUGAAGACAAGUUAGGCCUGAGAUUGGUUUUAGCCAAUUUCACAUUAUAGCAAAACAAUUUUUAAUUUAUCUGAAUUAUAUUGUUGAAAUUUCCUCUCCUCCUCCCCAAAAUACCCUAUUAUAUAUCUGUAUUUUAUUACUCACUCUUCCUACUUGGUUGAAAUCUGUUGCAUGUUAUAAAACGACUCAAUAUAUGCUGACAUAAUAUAAAAACAUCCAUAAACCAUUAAAACAACCAGGUGUUACUUUUUGCUAUGUAUAUACAUCUUGUCAUGAUUUAUGCAUAACUAUUCUUCAAGAGUUGUGAAAGCCAAAAUAUGAAAUCUGUGAGCUGAACAAAAAUGUUUCUUGAUACAAAACUGUACACAUUGUUUUGCUGAGUUGUCCCUAUUGCUAAAAUAAUUGUGGCACAUACAGACUGGCCAGAUUUGUACAUAACCAUGGGGGGGGGGGGGGUUAGUUUUCUCAGCAUGGUGUUAACCUCUGACCUUGUUGAAUAUGAUCUAAGGUGAAGGGACAAGAACUAAAAUAAAAAUAAUUUUUAAAAAAUAAGUUACCUUAAGAAGUGCCAUUCUGAACUAGAAGUGAUCGUUACAUUUUUCUGGUUGCUUUGACUUUGAAUGAUGUUCAUCCAGUGUAAUGCUAAUUAUUUAUUUCUUUAUUGUGUGACGCUAUUAAUUGUAAUGCUAAUUGGCCUAUAAAAUAAAAUUAUACUAAUUUAUAAUACAAUUAGAUAGUAGAAAGUAGUAUAAGAUUCUUAAUACUAACAAACUCCAUUUUUCAAGCUUCCUUAAAAAUAAACUUUAAAUUGAUUUUUUAAAAUUCUCUGUUUUCACUUUAACACCUCGUAAUGAAUAAAACUACCUACACUAAACCACCUUUCUCUUGAUUAACAAAUAGUGCCUCUAUAAUUACCUUCGACCAAAAUUUGAUCCCUAACAAAACUUUAUACACUUGUAAUAUCUAGCAGUGCCCAGCUAGAAAAUAUAGUAACAUCCUGUUAUCCUUCUUUAUAAACUAUCAAUAUGCUCUUCCACUACUAGAUUUGCAAUUUUAGAAAGUUUAAGGCUGGAACUACAAAUUUUUAAAAUGUUUCAUCUUAUUUCAUCCCAUGAGCCAUCUUCACUGUUUUGAUUAAGCCAUUUUGUAAUGUGUAAUGUUCACAUGAAACAUGCAUUAAAUAUUCCAAUUGUUUGACAAAGUACUCUUGUAACUAUAUGGAAAUGUUGCCAAGAAAUAAAAAAGUACAAAGAGUGAAA